AUGCGUGCAGUCGACAUCAAGGGCGGGAAAGGCGAGAGUGACGCCCUCUUCAUCAACGCCGAAACCCCCAAGCCCGUCCCUUCUCCCGGCCAGGCCAUCGUCAAGAUCGCCGCCUUUGGCAUCAACCGCAUGGACAUUAUCCAGCGCCGCGGCUUCUAUCCCGUGCCCCAGGGCGCUCCCAAGACUCUCGGCGUCGAGUUCAGCGGCGCCAUUGAGUCGUUUGGAUCGGAAAGCCACAACGGCUUCAACGUCGGCGAUGAGGUGUUUGGUCUUGCGUACGGCGGCGCUUAUGCCGAGUACAUCGCCGUCGACACAAAGAUGCUGCUGCAUAAGCCAAAGGGCUUGACGCACGAGCAGUGCGCCGCUGUGCCCGAGGCCUGGAUAACGGCAACUCAAGCGCUGCACUUGGUUCUGGGAUUCGUAGAGGGGAAGAGCAUUCUCUGGCACGCCGGCGCAUCGGGCGUUUCCAUUGCCGGAAUCCAGCUCGCCAAAGCUGCCGGCGCAUCGGAGAUUUAUGCCACGGCAGGUAGCGAUGAAAAAACAAAGUUCAUCACGUCUGAGCUCGGCGCCACCGCGGCCUUCAACUACAAGACCCAGGACUGGGUCAGCGAGAUCAAGGCCAAGACGGGCGGCAAGGGCGUCGACUACAUCGUCGACUACAUCGGCGGAGACUACUUCCAGAAGAACCUCGACGUGGCCGCGCUCGACGGCAGCGUGCUCCUCCUAGGCACCCUGAGCGGAGGAAAAGUCCCCAACGCGGACAUCAGCAUGAUUCUGUACAAGCGCCUUCGCGUGUUGGGCAGCACGUUGCGAAGCCGCGACGUCGAGUACCAGGGCAGGCUGAGAGACAGGCUGGAGACAUAUCUCCCCGAUUUUGAAUCGCGCAAGCUCAAAAUCUAUCUGGACUCUGUGCUGCCGUGGGACAAGAUCCAGGAGGCGCACGAGCACAUGGAGAAUGCAAAGAACUCGGGUAAAAUCGUCUGCACCAUUGUGUAG